AGGGGCAGGUUAAGGUGUAGUUCAUGCUCAGGCGAUUUGAAGCGCAGAAACUACACCUCCAAGAGUUGCGGGAUUCACGAAGCGUGUUUCCGCAGCGGCCCGCCCUCAGUGCGCUGUUCACGGCCUCCUGUACGCUUUCUCCGUACGCUCACAGCCACUCGGAAACGCCGACGGUUCGUCUGUCAGACUGGAGAAGAAGCCAGUCUGGGAGAUUAACCAGGCCCGAAACAACUCCGCUAUUUCCUUCUUGUAGCCUUUUAACUAAAUAUGUAUUAUUUCACGAGUUUGUGAAAAUAAAGCAGGAUGAAGAUCCAGAAGCUUUAGGACCCGGGACUCCUGAUUACAGGGAGCAGAGGUUGGUCCCCUCCGUUGGUCCCCCAGUCCCCUCCUUUGGUCCUCUCUGUGGCCCCCGGACCCCUCUCUGUCCCUCUGAGCCCCCGCCCCGGUCUCCUCUGUCGGUAGACAUGACCACAGGGGAGUGCUGCCACCUGCCCGGCUCUCUGUGUGACUGCACGGGAAACGCCGCUCUGUCCAAGACAGUGGAGGACACGGACACACGCCGGGCGCAGUACGUCACGCAGGUCACUGCUAAAGAUGGACGCCUCCUGUCCACAGUCAUCAAAGCCCUGGGAACCCAAAGCGACGGUCCGAUUUGCCGGAUUUGCCAUGAGGGGGGCAACAGUGAAGGACUCCUUUCACCGUGUGACUGCACAGGAACGCUGGGCACAGUGCACAAGAGCUGCCUGGAGAAGUGGCUGUCCUCCUCCAACACCAGCUACUGCGAGCUGUGUCACACAGAGUUCACUAUCGAGCGCAGGCCAAGACCCCUCACAGAGUGGUUAAGGGACCCUGGGCCAAGAAAUGAGAAGCGCACGCUGUUCUGCGACAUGGUGUGUUUCCUGUUCAUCACACCUUUGGCAGCCAUAUCAGGAUGGUUGUGUCUGAGAGGAGCUCAGGACCACCUGCACUUCAACAGUCGCCUGGAGGCAGUGGGUCUCAUCGCUCUCACCAUCGCUCUCUUCACCAUUUAUGUGCUCUGGACUCUGGUUUCAUUCCGCUACCACUGUCAGUUAUACACCGAGUGGAGAAGAACCAAUCAGAAAGUGCGCCUGCUCAUUCCUGACGCUAAGGGUGCUCACUCUACCCAGCAUUCCUUGCUCUCCACGAAGCUGCUGAAAAAGACGUCAGAUGAGACCAUCGUAUGAGAUACGCAGUGUUUUUGUUUGUUUGUUUGUUUUGGUUAGUGUUUUGGGGGGAGGGUCGGGGGCACGACACAGUGUUGGUAUUAAACGUGCUAAAAGGUUCUUAAUGUGUGAUGUCAUCACUCAGAGCCGCAGCACUGGAUGCAUUCUUUUUCUAUUUAAUCGUUUUUUUAUCUAAAGUAUGUGAGCACUUCCUUUAUCUUCUUUCUUGUUAUUUUUUUGUUUGUUAGUUUAAAUGUUGUGUGUUAUGUUUUGUAGUUUCUGUGAGCUGUUUGUGGUUUAGGAUGAUUUUAUUUAUUUGCCUACACAGCGGUCAUCCAGGUCUCGUAGUCUCAGUAAUCGUGUGUAAAAAAAGUAACGAUUCUUUGAGCAGACGUGUGAGGAGACAAAAAGCAGCAGAGAAACUGCUGAAACUUAAAUGAAACACUUCUCUAGAUUUAUUCUAUGUUUUUUUUCCAAAAUUAAAAUUGAUUGGUCAUUGGCCAAUUUUGAGUAUUUUAGCCCAUGUGACAGUAGGUAUAUAUUAGAGCAUCUUAAACGUAUAUAAGUUCACGUGGCGUUUUUAAAGUGUUACGGGACGACGGCACCUUCACACCAGGCCUGCUAACAGAAGGGUGUGAGCUGUAGCACCUGAUCUCCUCCUCCUGUGCCUAUAGGGGCAGAAACACUAAAAUAAGAGGGUGCCAUAAAUUCCUUUUCAUUCUACCAUCAAGUCCAAGCCACAGUGUCGUUCCUCAGGUGUGCUCAGUUCAUACUGCAGGCAAAUUCACCUUUUGUUUUUGAUCAUAAUUAGUGACUGUUAAAGUUUCUCCCAGAUUUGAUCUGUGUUCAGUGUGAGGUUCAUGCAGAGAUUAGAUACGGAGGUCCUCCAGCUGUAGCACCUACACGAUGUGAGUAGCAGAGAAAUACCUGCUCAGAUCAAAUGUAGUGUGUGUGAACCUCAGGGAAUCCUGGGAAGGGUCGUGUUUAUCAUGUCAUUGUUGUGACAGAUGUUUUUUAAUUUAAAAACGUUACAGCUACGUGUGGCUGUGUGAAAGAGCAGUGUGUGUGUGUGUGUGUGUCGGUGUCAUUUGUACGUUUGUUUUCGUAGCAGUUUUUACUUGCAUUGUUGAAUAUGCAGUGAUUUGAGUGAUUUGUCUGAGACUGGAGCAGCUGUGUGUCACGAUUCCCUGCACGUCACAUGCUACAAGGAAGAUGUGCAAAAUGUCAUCACCUUAAAGGGAAAGCAGUGUUGUGAUGAUAGACCCUCUUCCUGGUGGCUUUAUGGACCCCCUGACCAAAGUAUGGCCUUUAUGCAGUUAUUGAGGGACCAUCUGUUUCUGAUACCAGGAUCUGUUCAUGUCUGAUCCUUUAAACAUCAAACAUCUGGAUGGGCUUUGUACAUUUGUGGAUACAUUUCACGUUUAUGAAAGGCACUUGAGGCAACAGUUAGUGUGUGUGUGUGUGUGUGUGUGUGUGUGUGUGUGACACUGACCUUCCAUAGUGCCACCAUUGAAACAAAAGAGUUCUUGUGUCUGUAUAUGAAGUAAAAAAAAAAAAAAGGAAGUUGAAGAUAAAUCCCUGUGUGUGUGUGUGUGUGUGAGAGAGAGACUUAUCGUCCCCUAACAGGGCAAAAAUGAUCAGAGAGAUUUCGCUCAUCUUUUUCGGUGGCACUCGAAUGAAAUUCUCUUUUGGACGAUGAUUUAAAAAAUGUGCAAUAGAUGAACACAAAAAGCUUUCAGCAUUACUGAUACUGAUUAUAUUUUAAGUGUGAUAUUUUCAAGAAGGAAGAAAAUAAGAUCUUGCAGCAGCAGCAUCAUACCUGUGUGGUGUCGCAGGACUGAGGAGGGGAUUUGGGUUUAGGACGUGAUUUUGGAAGCUAUGAAGAUGGUCACAGAUCAGCAGUUAACACAAAUUCAGUGUUUAAAUGCUGCUCUUUGUAAUUCUGUCUUUCAUUGGUGUGCUUCCAUCUGAUAUGUCUGGCCUUUUUUUUUUUACUUUCCACAUUAUUUCCUCUUUAUUUCGCAAAGUGAGGUAAUAUUAAAAAAAGCUUGAGUGCAGUUUCAGCAAUAUUAUAAUGCACUUCUUGCCUAUAACCUUGUAUGUACCAUGUUAGAUAAUUACUCUGUCAGACAUAAUAUGAAGGAUUGCAGGACUACAUUCAGACAGGAUUUCUUUUUCUUUUGGAUAUUCAUGAUUUUUCUCCACUAUGCAACCUUCUGUUCUGGUGUUAACACGGCUGACUCGUUUUUAUUUAUUUCUCUAUUUACAAAAAAUGCAUGCUUUAUUUCUUUAGCUUUUUAAUUUAAUUUUUUUUACUCAUCAUGCACUUUUACAAAUGAUUUGAAAAUGGGUGAGCAAACCUUUUCCCCUGGACAUGUUUCAGAGAGGUUUGAUUCCCUCAAUGAUCAUUGGAGAAUCUGAUCCACUUUUUUGCAUUAACAAUAAAAAAAACUUAAAGCGGUAAUGACCAAUCUCUUGUUUUCUGAGAUAAACAUACACAAUGUAAACCUUGUACGCUGUUUGUUUUGUUUUGUCACCACUGUUUUAAUGUGUUUAUAUUGUAUGUAUCAUUUGCAUUGUAUGUUGUUGUUUUUUUAUUCCCUGAGCACCAUAUUUUUAUCGCUCUAUGCUGUUUUUUGGGAUAUUAUAAUAUUUAUGUAGUGAAGUGGAUCAAGACUGGUGUCUGUAUCGUCCUCACUAAAGAUUUGUUGGUGCUUGCAAUCAGCCAAGAAAAUUGUGCAAAGCAAAUUAAAUAUGAUGCUCUUGA